UAAAAAGAGAACAGAGAAGUAAAAUUUUUUUUACCAAAUACUCACAGGAAGCAAAAACAAUACUGCUUUCUCCGUCAGAAUGCCAGGUGCCAAUAACGGAUCAUAUAAAAACAUUACGAUAGAAUCGUUAUUGUAUACGGAUUUGGACAAAGUUAUCAUCUCCAUCAUUAUGCCGAUCGUGGUUACUAUCGGUAUCAUUGGUAAUGUAAUGACAAUUAUCGUGAUAGCAAGUAAAAAGUGCAUGCAUACACCUGUUAACGUUUACUUUGCAAAUUUGGCGAUAGCUGAUACGAUGUUUCUGAUAGUUUCACCUGCUUUGAUAUGGAACUCUUAUCUCAAAAGUCCGGUAAAUGAUUUAUAUGACAUUGGUGAAAUGCCGAAUUGGGUUUGUCCACUAUAUGACUUCGUCUCUACCACAGGAGAGACAAUUGCGCUUACCACAAUAUUUUGGCUAUCCAUUGAACGUUAUAUGGCAGUCUGCAGACCUUUGAAGUUCCAAAAAAGUGGAUUUAGGAAUUUUUCAAGGUCGAUAAAGAUAUGUGGCAUCAUCUGGUUGUUAUGUUUGUCUUGGAAUGCUCCGUAUCUGGUCGCGACGCAUACAAUAACCGAAGAAGUUCAUUGGCCUCUCAUUGCUGUCAAUAUUUUGCCGAAUUUUCGUACAUAUUGUAGACGUGACGGAUCAUAUCUUGCAAUUCUGUGGUACAUAAAACGAGCUCUCACUUUGUUGAUAAUUGUGAUCAUAGUAGCUCUUUACACGGCGAUGCUGAUAUCAUUGCGGAAGUCGCGAAUUGCAGCAGCUAGUUCGACCAGACCACCAAGAUAUAAAUCAGAAAUGAAAGUUUUCCUGACAGCAUUCGUAACUGUAACGGUUUAUGUUGUUUGUAUUGCACCAUAUUACAUAUAUAGAGCAUUAGGCCAAUUCAAAUAUAUUACAAAAGACAAUUCACCACUGUAUAUAUUCUAUCUCAUGGCUUAUAUAAAUUCAUCGGUAAAUCCUGUGAUAUAUAAUGCAAUGAAUUAUAAUUUCAGACGAGCAUUUUGUGACGUAUACUGUAGCAAAUGUAACAGAAAAAAGAACAAACCUACCAAUGUACAAAUUUAGAAACUUCAAACCUUAAACAAAAUGAUUAUCAAAAAUCUGAUAAUUAGGAAUUCCGUCUUGGAAAAUUUCUUUUAUCUUUUAAUAACAAUUUAAACACAAUUAAUAGAUAAAUCUAGGAAAAUACAACACUUUGUUAUUUAAUAAAAAAUAUUAAAGCAUUCUUGUAAACAAUGUCGUACGAUAAAACAAAAUAGUUGUUAAUCAGACGACUCGCUGUUGGCUCCUCCGCAAAUUUGCCACCAUAUAAAAAAAAUAGCGUAGCAAAAACUAAUACAUUAUCAAGUAGUGUGUGAAGUCAUUAAAACACACGUCACUGUUUUGUGUAUCGGAGGCACUAUAUCGACUUAGUGAUCAGUGUCGAGGAUAGGAAAAUUAAGUGAAAAUAAAAGUGAUGACGUCACUGACUGAUAAAUCAUUUUAGUUUACACCAACUUCUGUAGGCCCUAAGUGUUAGCCGAAAAUACGAUUUUAUAUAGAGCCCUUAGUAGAGAAAUAUGAUAUCCUAAUGAAUAUUUACUUUUCGUGUGGCUGAACAGCAGUAGAAUUAUAUAUAAACAAAAAUAUUAGUAUUGAAUAUGAACACAUCCUGUAAAACAAAAUGCAAAUAAAGUAUAUUAUUUAAUAAAUCAAUGAGGGUCUUUACUUCGAAAAAGAAAAAGAAGAGAUUGAGUGAAAAAAUAUAUUGAAGAAAA